CGAUUCCCAAUCUUCGACAUUAGAAGGUUGGACCAUAUAUAUAGCGAUGGUGCUAUCAGUAGCUACUCAGUCUUCCGAGACCACGUCAUCCGCUUUUCAGCCAAGGCUUCUGACUGGCAGACCGUAAUUCUCUUUAGAUGUCGAUAUCCAAAAUAUAUUCUUUCCCCUGAAUCUAGUCGGCCUCUCUCACGCAAUGACUUCCAGGCGCAUUCUUCUUGCUUCCCUUUGCUUCGCCCAAUCAGCGUACUCACUGGCAGCCAGCCCCACCAUGACUGACCUUAGUGGCAACUCCCUCCCCUCACAUAGCGGAGUUCAGGAACCCGUCUUCCAUGGCCCACCCCCCAGAAUCGUGCGCAUGUACACCGCACACGCCAUCCUCGCUUGUCUUGCCUGGGCUGCCGUCUUCCCCAUUGGCGGCAUCAUGAUCCGCCUCCUCUCAUUCCCCAGGCUCCUCUGGGUCCAUGCGGGCUUUCAGAUCUUCGGUUUUUGCAUGUACAUCGUAGCCAUCGGGCUUGGUGUUGAGCUCUCUAUCAACCCGCGUUAUUGGCACUUGAAUAAUAAGCACGUCAUAAUGGGCCUGCUCAUCUUUGUCUUGUUCUUCUUCCAAUCUUUGACAGGCUAUCUCCAUCAUGCUAAUUUCAAGAAAUACAUCUCGCGGAACGUGUGGUCGUAUAUUCAUCUCUGGACCGGGCGGGUUUGCAUCACGCUCGGGAUUGUUAAUGCGGGGUUUGGGUUUGAGAUCACGCAUAAGGGGACGGAUAGUUGGCAAGUCUUCACUUAUUCAGUUAUUGCUGUGGUUGUUUGGGUGGGCUAUGCUGUUAGUAUUUUUGUUGGUGAGUUAAGGGGGAAGAAAGCUGCUGCCCAGAGCCUGUCAGCUGAUAGUGCGAGGAGGAAGUCUUUGGAGUCGGGGGCACUGGAAAAGAAGGAGAAAGAGUUUUCAAAUAAAGAGGGGAGACGCCAGUGCGCUCUUGUUGAGGAGAUAGUGUAG